CCCAGAUAGAUCUAAAUUGAUGUAGAUAAAUAGAUGUACUUUAUUUUUGUAACACACAGUUUCAGAAGCAUCAUCAGGGAUUUUUCACUCAAACCGUUAAGUUUGAAUUUAAUGUAUAUCUAAAUUAAACUUAUACAUUAAAAAAAUUAGGCAUUUUCUGAAUUUUUUUGAAUGUUAUCACUCAGGCUUUGUUCCUUUGAUGAAUGUCACUGAAGGUCACCAAAGCAGCAGCCAUAUACCUUUGAAGUCUGUCCCUACAUAAGCGUCAGUUUUCAGUCAGUUUUCAGUCAGUUCUCUUCGGAAUACUUGGCUCGUUGCACCUGAACUCUGUUCUUGCUCCUGAACUCUGUUCUUGCUCCUGAACUCGUUUCUUGCUCCUGAACUCUGUUCUUGCUCCUGAACUCUGUUCUUGCUCCUGAACUCUUUUCUUGCUCCUGAACUCUGUUCUUGCACCUGAACUCUGUUCUUGCACCUGAACUCUGUUCUUGCUCCUGAACUCUGUUCUUGCUCCUGAACUCUGUUCUUGCUCCUGAACUCUGUUCUUGCUCCUGCACUCUGUUCUUGCUCCUGAACUCUGUUCUUGCUCCUGAACUCGUUUCUUUGGAUUUGCCUUUAAGAGAACUACGAUUGAUUUGAAUCAACAUGAUCCCAACACACGUGGGGUUUCUCGGCGCUGCCUCCUACGAGUCCGUCAGCUGCGUCACUGCAAACUUUCAAGCCUUCGUGACGGAUCUGAGUCACGAGGACUUGGACGUUGAGGAGAACCUGCAGGAAAUGGUGGAGCUCAUUUUCAAGAGGGCCGUGAAGAAACCAGACUCUGCUGCAGUCUUCGCGGAGCUGUGUCAACACCUCUCAGAAGUGGAGUUCCAAUCCUUGUCUGACUGGUCAGCCAGCGUCUCCUUCAGGUCUCUGCUGGUUAAACACUGCCAGGCAGAGUUCAUGAAGAACUUGGACAAGGAGGGCAUUCAUCAAGAGAGUUGGUCCUGCCUGAAGCCAGUCCAGGACGUGAGGGUCACCGACCGGCUGAGGGAAGAGCAACAGAACGCCAAACCUUCCGGUCGGUUCCUUAACAUGCUGAGGUUUAUUGGGGAGCUGUUCCUCUCCAAGGUGCUGGCAGAGAAAUCCAUGCACUGCUGCAUCAGGAGGCUGUUGCAGAAAGGAGACGGGCCGUCUCUUGAGGGCCUCUGUCAGCUCCUCCAGAUGAUCCAGCAGGACCUGGAGGUGGUGACGGAAAAGGAAUUGAUGGACACCUACUAUAACCAGCUGAACUAUAUGGCAGAGAAAGGGAAGAGGGCACCAAGGCUCUCCCUUUUGUUGAAGGAAACAGUGAAUGCCAGGAAGAUGGCAUACUCCACCCCCCACUAAGUUUUUAAUGAAAACUCAUGUGGGAAAUACAACUUAUACACUUAUACAACUUAUACAGUGAUAUUUGUAAAUGUACAGAAACCCACCACUGCAACCCCUGCUCCUACUCUGUAUAAUUUGCACUGGGUGACAUCAUGUCUGUACUCUGUUUGUGGUUUGUACUAUGUUGUCGACUAAUGAAUAAAAUGUUUUAAAUUUAA